AUGGCCGACAAACCAAAAGUAUAUAUUGUGAUCUAUUCGUUGUAUCAUCACAUCUAUAAACUGUCACUCGCCAUCAAGGAAGGGCUUGACGCAAAUGGCAUCGAUGCAAAGAUCUUCCAAGUUCAAGAAACGUUAUCUGACCAAGUGCUUGAGAAGAUGCACGCUCCUGCCAAGCCGGAUUUGCCAAACAUCGAAGCCAGUCAGCUCGCAGAGGCGGAUGGUCUUAUUUUUGGAAUUCCCACAAGAUUCGGCAUUUUUCCUGCUCAAAUGAAAGCUCUUUUGGAUGCAACCGGUCAAUUGUGGGCUAAAGGCUCCCUCGCUGGCAAGUUUGUGGCCACAUUCUUCUCAACCGCAUCGCAACACGGUGGCCAAGAAACCACUGCACUGAACGCAGUAACAUACUUUGCACACCACGGUCUUAUCUACGUCCCAUUUGGAUUCGCAAACGCGAGUAUGUUUAAUAACGACGAGGUGAUUGGUGGUUCAGCGUACGGCUCGGGCACGAUCACGAAUGGUGACGGGUCGCGUCAGCCUAGUGAGACGGAGUUGACAAUCGCAAAGAACCAGGCCGAGAAUUUUGCGGGUAUCGUGAACACUUACCACAAGGGAAAAAAGAAGCUGUCAACGACCACAGGUGCUGACUCGGACGCCUCGAUACGUUCUCUCAAGGCUGCAUCGCAUAAUACAAAUAGCAAGGAAACACCUGCCAUCACCACGACCAACCCUGAAGGCCAGACAACCCAGCAAAACCACGAUGAUGCUGCCACUCCUGGUGCCGUAGGUGCUGCUGCUGUUGCAGCCGGCGCUGGCGCGGGCGCUGGCGCAGCAGCAGCGGCAAGCAAAGGAGCGUCGGACACUGCUGGUACAGCUGCAACUGAAUCCGCUGCACAGAAAGGAACAUCAUCAGCCACUGCGAAUGGAUCCGCUGCACCAAAGCAGGAGCAACAACAGACGCAGUCAACGUCUCAACAGCAGCAGCAACCAUCCCGACAGCAAGGAGAAAAGCCCAAGAAGAAGAAGCUUAUGUCGUGGCUAUGUUGCAGCAGCGAGUAG